GAAGCAGAGCGGGAGGAGUUCUACGAUGAGACCCGGAGGUUAUGUGAUCUCCGACUCUUCCAGCCUUUCCUCAAGGUCAUUGAACCAGUUGGCAAUAGAGAGGAAAAGAUCCUCAACAGAGAGAUUGGGUUUGCCAUUGGUAUGCCUGUGUGUGAGUUUGACCUUGUGAAGGACCCGGAGGUUCAGGACUUCAGGAGAAACAUCCUGAAUGUUUGUAAAGACUCUGUGGAGAUGAGAGAUGCCAGCGGGCCCCACAGCAGAGCGCUCUAUGUUUAUCCUCCCAAUAUAGAAUCCACACAGGAACUUCCAAAACACAUCCAUAGCAAGCUGGACAAAGGUCAGAUUAUCGUUGUGAUUUGGGUGAUUGUUUCUCCAAACAAUGACAAACAAAAGUAUACACUGAAGAUCAACCACGACUGUGUGCCUGAACAGGUGAUUGCAGAGGCCAUUCGUAAGAAGACACGCAGCAUGCUGCUGUCCCCAGAGCAGCUGAAGAUGUGUGUGCAGGAAUAUCAGGGUAAAUACAUCCUCAAAGUGUGUGGCUGUGAUGAGUACCUGCUGGAAAAGUACCCCAUCAGCCAGUAUAAGUAUAUCCGAAGUUGCAUCAUGCUGGGCAGGCUGCCUAACCUGAUGCUAAUGGCCAAAGACAGCUUAUACUCUCAGUUGCCUACAGACAACUUUGUCAUGCCGUCGUACUCUCGACGUAUCUCCACGGCAACAUCCUAUAUGAAUGGCGAGGCAUCUGCCAAGUCGCUGUGGACCAUCAACGGGACCCUGCGGAUACGAAUCCUGUGUGCCACCUAUGUUAACGUCAAUAUACGGGACAUAGACAAGAUUUAUGUGAGAACAGGCAUUUACCAUGGAGGUGAACAGAUGUGUGACAAUGUCAACACGCAGAGAGUACCUUGUUCUAACCCGAGGUGGAAUGAAUGGCUCACCUAUGAUAUGUACAUCCCUGACAUACCUCGAGCCGCAAGACUCUGCCUCUCCAUCUGCUCUGUCAAAGGCAGGAAGGGAGCCAAGGAGGAGCACUGUCCACUAGCUUGGGGUAAUAUCAACAUAUUUGACUACACUCACACUCUGGUGGCCAACAAGAUGGCUCUGAAUCUUUGGCCUGUCCCUCACGGCCUUGAAGACCUCCUCAACCCCAUCGGAGUCACUGGAUCCAACCCUAAUAAGGAAACCCCAUGCCUGGAGCUGGAAUUUGACCACUUCAGUAGUUUGGUCAAAUACCCAGAAAUGAAUGCAGUAGAGGAUCAUGCAAACUGGACCAUCUCAAGGGAACUGGGGUUUAACUACAACCUUUCUGGACAGAGCAACCGGUCAGCCAGGGAUCACGCCCUGACGGAUAGCGACACUGAGCAGAUGAGACAGCUGAGUAACAGAGACGCUCUCUCAGAAAUCACUGAGCAGGAGAAAGACUUCCUCUGGAGACACAGACACUACUGCAUGAACAUCCCUGAGAUCCUUCCCAAGAUCCUGCUCUCUGUCAAAUGGAACUCCAGGGAUGAAGUAGCACAGAUGUACUGUCUGUUGAAGGAAUGGCCAUCCACCCGCCCUGAGCAGGCCAUGGAGCUGUUGGACUGUAACUACCCAGACCCCAUGGUCAGACACUUUGCUGUACGCUGCCUCGAAAAAUACCUGACCGACGACAAACUGUCCCAGUACCUCAUCCAACUUGUACAGGUAUUAAAAUAUGAGCAGUAUCUCGACAAUCCCCUGGCCCGUUUCCUCCUCAAAAAGGCUCUGACCAAUCAAAGGAUAGGUCAUUUCUUCUUCUGGCAUCUAAAGUCAGAAAUGCACAACAAAACAGUGAGCCAGAGGUUUGGGCUGCUGCUGGAGGCGUACUGCCGGGCCUGUGGGAUGUACCUCAAACACCUGAGCAGGCAAGUGGAGGCCAUGGAGAAGCUCAUUAACCUCACUGACAUCCUCAAGCAGGAGAAGAAGGAUGAGACGCAGAAGGUCCAGAUGCGGUUCCUUGUGGACCAGAUGAAGAGGCCUGACUACAUGGAUGCUCUGCAGAACUACACCUCUCCUCUCAACCCUGCACACCAACUGGGAAACCUGAGGUUAGAUGAAUGCAGGAUCAUGUCGUCAGCGAAGAGACCGUUGUGGCUGAACUGGGAGAAUCCUGACAUCAUGUCCGAGCUGCUCUUUCAGAACAAUGAGAUCAUCUUCAAAAAUGGAGAUGACCUGCGGCAGGACAUGCUGACGUUGCAGAUUAUUAAAAUCAUGGAGAACAUUUGGCAGAAUCAGGGGCUGGACCUACGGAUGCUUCCGUACGGCUGUCUGUCGUUGGGAGACUGUGUGGGGCUCAUUGAGGUGGUUCGCAGCUCCCACACCAUCAUGCAGAUUCAGUGUAAAGGAGGCUUGAAAGGAGCCCUGCAGUUCAACUCAAACACUCUGCACCAGUGGCUCAAGGACAAGAACAAGGGCGAGAUGUAUGACCUGGCUGUGGAUCUGUUCACGAGGUCCUGUGCUGGCUACUGUGUAGCUACAUUUAUCCUCGGGAUCGGAGACAGACACAACAGCAACAUUAUGGUCAAAGAUGAUGGACAGUUGUUUCACAUAGAUUUUGGCCAUUUCCUUGACCAUAAGAAGAAGAAGUUUGGCUACAAGAGAGAGCGUGUGCCCUUUGUGCUGACACAAGACUUCCUCAUCGUCAUCAGCAAGGGAUCCCAAGAGUGUGCCAAGACCAAAGAGUUUGAGAGGUUCCAGGAGAUGUGUUAUAAAGCCUACCUGGCCAUCCGGCAGCAUGCAAACCUGUUCAUCAACCUGUUCUCCAUGAUGCUGGGCUCCGGGAUGCCCGAGCUGCAGUCAUUUGAUGACAUUGCCUACAUCAGGAAGACGCUGGCCUUGGAGAAAAGCGAACAGGAGGCGUUGGACUACUUUAUGAAACAGAUGAACGAUGCUCACCAUGGAGGGUGGACCACCAAGAUGGACUGGAUAUUCCACACAAUCAGACAGCAUGCACUGAACUGAUCUCCUGCACACAAACAACACAACACCAGUCCCGCCAUGAAGUAACACCUCAGUGAUGAAGGAAGUUUACACCCAUACCAUUUCUGUUCAUCUAAACAAGGUUCCUGGUUUUCUUUGGCCAUAAUCAUCUGCUUUCUUCUCAACAAUCGGUUCUACAAGAGAUUGUUGUCUCCAUGUCCUUGUGAAGAUAUUCCCUUCCUGGCCAAUGCAUCCACAAACAGGAACAAACUGGGAAACAAAGAACAUGUUACCUCUCACCCUGCUGCUCUUGUUGGGAAAACACAAAUUGGACAAAACAGCUUAAAGAAAAUCGUCCAAUCGUCUGAAUCCACAAAGUAAAUCCAACUUGCUGCCGUUCCACUGUGUUAGCUCUGCACUGUGGCUCCAUCCCAGAAAGAGAUGCUUGUAUCUUUGCUGAGAAGAUAGCGUGCACAAAAGAACAUGACAUACCUAGUAUUUGUUACACAAAUAUGUUGCACAUCGCAAGAUUAAAGAAGUAUGACGUAAGUAUGACUUACCACUGUUCCCUCCUGAGCUGAUUUGGUGUCAGCUUCGCCACCUUUAACCCUCUGUGAAAAAAACUGCAUAAGAGCCUGUUGGUUGUUUUGCACAGGUCUAGAGUCUCCCUCGGCCUCAAAGAAAAAGCACUCCACCCUUGGGAACAUUUGUUGGUGGUGCUGCUUUAGACUCAUAAACUUCAGGGUGAUGAUGCCUCUCCAUCGAAAAACAGCACUUAAAAAGUAGUAGAAUACUAUACAGGUUUAUUAUGACUUUUUUUAUUUAUUUAUGUAUCUAGUUUAUCCUUUUGUUACACAUGCAACACUCAACUCUCCAGAAACACACUUGUUUGUUUCAAUAUAUAUUUGGAGUCUUUUUGUAUUUGUGCUUCCUUUAUCUGACUACCAUGAGUUCUGCAAAUGAAGACUACUAAUGCCCUUUUCGCCUCCUGCACUUCUAAGUUAAACAUCAGUUUGUUAGUAACGCUAGUUUGCAGCUUGGAAUUUGUGAUAAUGAAUUUGUUUGGGGAUGCACAUUUGGUAAUGAAGGAAAGUGCCAGUCUCUCGCUUUGAAUAAUGUGAUCUAUUUAAAGCCUCUGGCUGUCUAUUUAGUUGGCGAGCAGAAGCCCAGGAGAAUGUCACGUCUUCCUGAUGAUAAAAUGCCUUGGAGUCACAGAACCUGAUUCACAUUGCUAAGCCCGACAGCCUAAAUAUUUGUAGUAAACAAACCACCACUAUUUACAUGAAAAGCUAGAUUUUUGGUUUUGGUAACAUGAAAACCAAUAUUUUUUUAUUAUUUCUAACUAUUUGAUAUUUAUCGUUUCAUCUCUAUAAAUGUCAACUGAUGGACAUAGUUCGUCAUACACAGUUCGUUUAUAUGUUUAUCCAUUUUUAUUUGAUUAAUAUCUUUCACUGAGCAUGUAAUACACCUAGCAGUAUUUGAGCAAUGCUCUCUAAAUCCUUGCUCUUUAUUUUCCAAACUUUUUUACAUAUCCUCCCCAACGGAAACAUAUGAGCGUGUAGGUUUUUCAACAUUUUUAAGUCAAAACAAAAUAGCCUUUCCAAAUUCCAUUGGAUCGCUCAAUAUUAAGCAGAUAGAGUGAUAUAUAGCUGUAGAGCAGUGUUUCUCAAACUUUUUCAAACCAAGGACCACUUAACCAAUAAAAAGACACUCGCGGACCUCUUAACUCCAAAGAUAUUCAAAAACACAUCGUUUUUCUAGAACAGAUUACAAAUCGCCUGAAAAUGGUACAAACAAGUGGCAACAUGUGUCAUUGAGGUGUUGCGUGAAACUUAAGCUGGCUCCAUUGCAGAGAUAUUCCCGCGAGAGUGCGGAAAACUUUAAUUAAUGAAUUUAUUUCAAAUUUGAAAUUGUACCAAUAUACUCACGGACCACUAGGGGGCGCUCACGGAACACCAGUGGCCCGCGGACCACACUUUGAGAAGCACUGCGUAGAGGACGCAUAGUCUCCGCCCACACCUCCUUCAGCUGUGGUGUCUAUAGGCAGAGGAUGAGGGGAAAUUUAUGAAUUAGACGUUAGCGCCAUUCUUUGGACAUGUUAACAUAGUUUUAUCAACUGAUAUAAACAUACUUUUUUAUCUGGUAGCUCGAUUAAGCCACUCUUAAGUUCUAUAGUGAUCGUCACAAUCACAUUUCAUUGAAAGACAGGGAUUUUGAUUUUGUUCCAUUGACCAAAGUCACCUUGUCUUUUGAGAUUGGUAUUAGUUCUAAAAUGUGUUUUUAUAAACAGAAAACCCUGAUUGACUGUAAGCUUAGCCAGUUGAGAACGUGUCAAAUGAUGAGCUUUGUUGAGGAGAGAAUGUAUUAUUUAACAAAAGUAGCUCAGCAGCAUCAUGAGCCCCUGACACCUCUACUGUGUACCUAGAAAGAUAUUUGGAUGUGCUCAUGGCUAAAUGAUCAUCUUCUGUUUGAAAGUAGAUCUGCCAGUGAAAAAGGAAGUAUGCACUUUUCCCAAGUGUUGAUUGUAUGGAAAAGCCUAAAUGGUGUCUGUUCUGGUAUGGCACACCUGUGUGUUGUCAUAUUACUGCAACAUUAGUGGCUAGAAUGUAUUGAGCUGUCAAAUAUGUGCACUCUUUUUCUGGUUUUUGCGUCAUUUAUGGUUUCUCUCUAAAGUGUCAAAUGCAGUGCCACUAAACAUACAAGAGGUGAUCGGCAGAGAGCUCGUCUCUUCUUUCUCUUAAUGUGCCAAACACAGGUUCACUGAGGCCUGUGGAAGAUAAUUCUGGAAUUAAGUAGGCAUAUCAGUUUAUCUUAAAAUAUAAAAGAAGAGGUUGGUGUGUGCACCUUAAAAUAGCCUUUUUGUCCAGAAGGACUCUGUGAGAAGAACGUUAGCCUAGUGUGCAUGUCAGGAUAACCAGUUUGUAUAUUUUGAAGCAGCGUUAGCCGUAUGUAUGUAGAGUUGCAGUCAGACUGCUUUGUUUUCUAUCCUGAGCUCAUAUAUGACAACCUGCAGUGUUACUAUCAUUAUUAUCUCUUCCCAUGUAUAUGUUUGUGUGAACUCAUUGUCUCUCUGUACAGGAUGCAGAGCUUCAUUGGCAGGCCCCAAUGAAAACCCACACUGUGUGUAUGUAGCUUACAUGUGUGAGAUGACACUUUUUAAUUGUUUGUUAGGAAACAUAAGUGAGAGGGAACUUUUCAUACGGUUGUAAAUGUUUUACUUCAGAUAUUGCAUAUCAGAACUGCAGCUGUAUUUUCUUUUUGGUUUUAAGUUGAGACUGGUUGUUGUGCAUUGUCUAUUUAGUACUGAUUGUGAGAGUGGUUAUUGAUGCCACAGUUAUACAUGAGUGAAGAAACAAGUAUUUCUUGAAGUGAUGAAUGUUGUUCGAGAGCCAAAUUCCAGGUGCAAAGUAUUACAAAUAUAUAUUUAUUGUUCUUUCAUUAUCCUGAGCCUCAAACUCAUGAAAAUUAGGUCCAAGUGAUAGCUCUCACAGACAGCAGGAUUAUGUGUCUCAAGUUCUGCUUGUCCUCAACUUAUGCACUGAAUUUGUACAGGGUAUCUGCAAUAGUAUUGCACUUGUUUUUCCACCUGUGGAAGCUGUGGUGGCUCCCAUGCGUUAUCCCUUUUGACUUUAAAGCAACAUUGAAAACACCAAAAUGUGUAAUGGUAUGAAUCAACAAUCUACAUAAUGAUACAUUAUCAUUUAGCUGUUUUCUCAGAAUUUGGAGUUAUUGAAUCUCUUUGAACCCGCUUGUGUGCUGAGAAAUACUGUGAGAUUUCGUGAGGUUAAACAGAGAGGGGAGGGAGGUCCUGUUUCCAUUCAUCUGCAGUUUGCCCCUGCUAAUACAAUCACAAGAUUCUAGCUAUGAUUUGAAGACAACCAGUGG